AUCAAUGGGGUAGACAUGACAGAAGCCAGGCAUGAUCAGGCAGUAGCGCUGCUUACCGCGUCCUCCCCCACCAUCGUGCUGCUGGUAGAGAGAGAGGGUGCAGAGCAGCGCGGCGAGGGAGACGCGCCGGGCGCCCCGCGGGCACGCAUGCACUCCCCACCGCCCCCCGGCCACGGGGACAGCCUGCCCGAGGAGACGCCCACACUGCCCAGGAGCCAGCUCUCUAAAGGCCUGGAGGAUCAGUACCCCAUUGAGGAAAUUCACCUUGUAAAAGCUGGUGGUCCCCUGGGACUCAGCAUUGUAGGAGGCAGCGACCAUUCAAGCCAUCCAUUUGGGAUUCAUGAACCAGGUGUCUUCAUUUCAAAGGUCAUUCCCCGUGGACUGGCAUCUCGCAGCGGGCUGCGUGUAGGGGACAGGAUCCUGGAGGUGAACAGCAUUGACCUGCGCCAUGCUACCCACCAGGAAGCGGUGAACGCCCUGCUCUCCAACACCCAGGAGCUGACCAUGUUAGUCAGGCGAGAUCCACCACCCCCUGGCAUGCAGGAAAUAUGCAUUGAAAAGGCUCCAGGAGAAAAGCUGGGCAUCAGCAUCCGGGGUGGAGCAAAAGGCCAUGCUGGAAAUCCGUUUGAUCCCACUGAUGAAGGCAUCUUCAUUUCUAAGGUGAGCUCCUCGGGGGCUGCGGCCCGGGAUGGUCGGCUGAAGGUGGGCAUGCGGAUCCUGGAGGUGAACCAUCAGAGUCUGCUGGGCAUGACACACACAGAGGCCGUGCAGAUUCUCCGGAGCGUGGGCGACGUGCUGCUCGUGCUGGUGUGCGAUGGCUUUGAUCCCAAGGCUGCAGCUGCCAUUGAGAUGUCCCCAGGAGUUAUUGCAAACCCUUUUGCUGCUGGCAUUGGGCGCAAAAAUAGCCUGGAAAGCAUCUCUUCCAUUGAUCGGGAUCUAAGCCCUGAAGAACUGGAGAUUCUACAGAAGGAGUGGAUGCGUAGGGAGCGGGAGGCAGCCACACAGCAACUUGAGGAGGAGGCAGAGAAUGUCACCAGUGAACCUUUGAGGCUGGACUAUCGGACCCUGGCUGCUUUGCCCAGCAGUGGCUUGCAGAGAGUCAAUCGCACUGUAAGUGGGGGGCUGUGGAGAU